GUAGCUCAGUACUAUGUCGUUCUUCAACUCUAUCGGUCGUUCCAUGACCCGUGCACCACGAAGUGCUAAGCGGUCCCCAACUCCAACUUCAGCGACGUUCUCUCCUGUCGAAUACACAUCGAACUCGACACCUCCAUCUCCCAUCGUGGCAACACCGAAACCCCUUUAUCUGUGCAGUCCAUUCGUGGAAGCGGCCUUGGUAAAGGGAAACUUCAAGACCAUUGUUAUGUUGCCAAAAUAUGUUGAUAUCAUGGAAUGGGUGGCAGUGAAUAUCUUUGACUUUUAUACCAAUCUCAAUGAGUUUUACGGAGUCAUCACUGAAUGCUGUACCCAGCAGACUUGUCCAACGAUGUCUGCAGGGCCUGUACUGAACUAUACGUGGAUCAACCAAGAUCGCAAGAGCGUACAUCUUCCGGCACCAACUUAUAUCGACUAUGUCAUGACGUGGGCUCAAAAUCUUCUCGACGAUGAAUCCGUGUUUCCCACCAAGUCGGGGCGUGACUUUCCUCAAAGCUUUCCGUCUACCGUAAAACACGUCUAUCGUCAACUAUUGCGCGUCUUUGCGCACAUAUACCAUGCGCAUUAUCACCAAAUCCUUCAUUUACGAUCGGAGCCGCACUUCAACAGCCUGUUCGCGCAUUUCCUUGCUUUUGGUCGUGAAUACGAGUUGCUGGAGAUGAAAGAUCUGAAGGGAUCGUCCUCGGCACCCGUAGGAGUAGGUGCCCUAUGGGAGCGCUGGAGGGACAUGGGUAUAUUGGAUGGUUAAGAUGCUUUCGAAGUAUAUCUGUCCUGUGAUCUGGUUAUCGCAGGGAACAGUACGAUUUAUUGCUAUCGAUUCGCGUAUCUUUUGUAACAGUAAUAACAACG